CUCUACUGUAACAGCUGCAAAUUGGUUGGGAACAACCAAGCUAGGUUGGCAAGGGUGGCCAACUUGGAUGGAUUGGUUGGGAAGGGACAAAUGUCAAAGUUGGGGUUCCUAUAGGGGGGGGAAUCUUUUGGUGUUCUAAAGGUUGGAUGUGUCUUCCGCUAAGGGGAAACUCUGCCGAAAUUUCGUGGACGCUGACACUUGUGAAAAUAUCGAGGGAGCUGAGUGUGGACAGCAAAGGGGAGCUGAAAUUUGUCAUUUCUCAAAGAGAAGAUGAAUGAGAGAGGAGGAGAUGCUAAUGGAAGAGGAGCUGUACCUGAGAAGACAAGUGAGCCGCCGCCAUCAAAAGUUGAAGCUUUGGAUGGCUCCAACUAUGAGGAAUGGAGCGGGCGGAUGAGGAGUGCCUUCAAACGCUACAAGCUACUGAAGAUUGCUGUUGGGGAGGAGAAGAUGCCGGAAGAAGGCGAAGCACGUGAACGGUGGAUUGAGAAAAGCGCGGUGCUUUUCGACCUCAUCCUUCAAUCGCAGCAACGGCAGCAGCGGCAAAGGCAACUGCAGGAGGAGAUGCAACUGCACCAACUGAUGGGCAUUGGGGGUUAUGUGUGCUUGCUAGGAGGUGGUGCUGUGAGCUGGCGCGGCAAGAAGCAGAAUGAGGUGGGAUUGUCCUCAUGUGAGACUGAGUACAUGGCCUUACACCAUGGGGUCAAGGAAGUGGUGUGGCUGAGGCGUUUGUUGGAGGAGUUGGGAGUUGGUCAGGAGGAGCCGACAGUUGUGUUUUGUGACAAUGAGUCUGCUGUGAAGCUCGUCAAGAAUGCUUGUCUGCAUGGGCUGACAAAACACAUAAGGCCUAAGUGGCAUUGGGUGAGGAGAUUCCUUGAUAAGGAGGUGCGGCUAGAGAUAGUGAAGACCCAUCAGCAAGCAGCAGAUAUUUUCACUAAGCGUCUGGCGGAGGCGGAUCAUUGGAAGGGCAUGAAGCUUGCUGGGAUGAGUGUGCAUUGAGUAUGCAUGCUUGAGAUGUUGGUAUGGUGGAUGAUGGUUGGCAGCCAGAGAGAUCUUGAGAAGAUCUUUCCAACGCAACAAGAAUCGCUUCAAUCGGAGCAAGAACGCGAAAGCUAUGAAGAUUCAAAGUUCAUGAGCUUGCGUUACAAUUGCGGCGGUUACAAAGUGGAGUUGUGGGGUGACUCUAUAUGGAGUUGGGACCUUUGGGGUUGGGGAAAUUUGUCACUCUAUUGUAACAGCUGCAAAUUGGUUGGGAACAACCAAGCUAGGUUGGCAAGGGUGGCCAACUUGGAUGGAUUGGUUGGGAAGGGACAAAUGUCAAAGUUGGGGUUCCUAUAGGGGGGGGAAUCUUUGUGCUUAUGGGGUUUCCUUGGUUGGGGAUUCUCUUGGGACCUUCCCUGUCGUCCCUCUCUUUCUA